UUGCUGUCAUGGCGGUGGUCAAUAGUUUUGUACGUGGCAAAGUGCAGUGCUAUGAAUAUUCAAUAUGAAAUGAAAAUCCUACCUUUUUGAAUGGUUUGUAGAGGAUUUUGGUAGCUUUUAAGAACGACCGCAGUGUCUGAAGUGUUGACUAUCAAGCACGAUUUCGCAAAUCUCGUUCCACAAUUCAAGAUGUUUCGUGGGGUUCACGCUAUUAGCGUUGUGCGUUCACUAGUUUUGCUACUUUCUGUAGCAAUAUACGGCGUUCAAGUGACAGGAGAUGAAAACGCAGAAAAUACUGAGAGUGACCCAGGAGUAAACGUUAAAGAGGGUGGCCGUGAAGUUUCUGCUGGUGACAACUGGAUCAUGAAUCUGUCAUGGAAUCUUCUCGGGUAUGCGACCAUUAUCAUACCCGGGGCUUUCAUUAUUCGUAUGCUCAAGAACUCAAACUUCAACGAACGAAGCGGAACAGGUUGCCUCUUCCGUUCUGUCCAGCUUUGUGUGUUUGGCUCACCACCGGCUACUUCAAGCAUUGAGGAUGGUGGCAGUAAACCAAGCUCUCCAAAUGAAGACCCUGCUCCACCUGCAGGUUUUUCUCAGACAACUGUCAAGCUUCUUUUUUGUGCCGGAGGCCUUCAAAUAUCUUAUCUCACAUGGGGAGUCUUACAGGAACGAAUUAUGACAAGAACUUAUGAGGAACACAAGGCUGAUGGGACAGUUGAACCUGUGAAAUUCCAAAACUCUCAGUUCCUUGUAUUCAUUAACCGCAUUUUGGCUUUGACUCUAGCCCUUGUUUACAUAGUAUUCACACGACAACCACGUCACACCGCUCCACUGUACAAGUAUUCAUACUCUUCCUUUUCAAACAUCAUGAGCAGCUGGUGUCAGUAUGAGGCACUGAAAUUUGUCAGUUUUCCAACGCAAGUCCUGUGUAAAGCAUCAAAAAUAAUCCCUGUUAUGAUCAUGGGGAAAAUAGUGUCAAAGAAAACGUAUCAAUAUUAUGAAUAUGUUGUGGCAGUUCUCCUUUCUGGUGGGGUUAGCCUCUUUCUCUUGGCAGCUGAUCCAUCUGGAAAGCGCACUGCUGCAGCUACAACAUUUUCAGGUGCUGUUAUUCUCUUGGGGUAUAUGGCGUUUGACAGUUUCACUUCCAAUUGGCAGUCAGAACUUUUCAGUCAAUACAAGAUGUCCUCCAUGCAGAUGAUGUUAGGGACUAAUCUCUUUUCCAGUUUGUUUACAAUGUGGUCAAUGAUUGAAGGUGGUAGCUUCUUGUCCUCAGUUUGGUUCGCACUAAGUCACCCAGAGUUUGCAUUCCAUGCUAUAUUGUUGUCUUUCAUGUCGGCAACAGGACAGCUGUUUAUUUUUUACACCAUUCAAUCAUUUGGUCCAAUUGUCUUCACCAUUAUCAUGACCACGCGGAUGAUGCUGAGCAUACUUCUGUCUUGUAUCCUGUAUAACCACCCUCUGACAGCUCAAGCUGUGUUUGGUGUGAUUAUUGUGUUUGUGGCUCUAUUUUUGCGAGUGUAUG